AUGGAUAUCAACGAGUCGUACGAGUUCAGGCAGGAAAAACACGACGCAGCUCUAAAGCAAGUUUUCAUCAGCCAGGCGAUAGACGACGACACACUGAGACAUGCGGAGAUAUGUGGAGGGUCCAGAGGUCGAAGGUUUCUGAUCGUUCUGGGAUGUUUGAUUCUGGCCAUACUGACGACGUUCAGGGAACACGAGAAGGUGUCUGCACACUGGCUGGUCAUACUGGAAACGUUCGCCAUCUUCAUCUUCGGAGCGGAGUUUGGACUGAGAGUCUGGGCUGCAGGAUGCUGCUGUCGCUACAAAGGAUGGAGGGGGAGGUUGAAGUUCGCUCGCAAACCUCUCUGCAUCCUGGACAUCUUCGUUCUGAUUGCCUCGGUGCCGGUGGUGGCCGUGCGUAACCAGGGCAAUGUGUUGGCCACGUCCCUGCGCAGCCUGCGCUUCCUGCAGAUCCUGCGCAUGCUGCGUAUGGACCGGAGAGGAGGAACCUGGAAGCUGCUGGGCUCCGCCAUCUACGCUCACAGCAAGGAGCUGAUCACUGCCUGGUACAUCGGCUUCCUCUCUCUGAUCCUGGCGUCUUUCCUGGUCUACCUGGUGGAGAAGGACGACAUAUCCAUGGACGUGUCCAACCACGAUAAUCCCACUGCUCAGCCCAAAACGCAGGACUUCGACACCUACGCCGACGCACUGUGGUGGGGGCUGAUCACUCUGACCACCAUCGGAUACGGGGACAAAACCCCAAAGACAUGGGCUGGGAGGCUGUUAGCCGGCACUUUUGCUCUGAUUGGAGUGUCUUUCUUCGCCUUGCCUGCAGGGAUCCUGGGUUCAGGUCUGGCUCUGAAAGUCCAGGAGCAGCACAGACAGAAGCACUUUGAGAAGCGCAGACAUCCAGCCGCCGGGCUCAUCCAGUCUGCCUGGAGAUAUUAUUCCACCAAUCCAAUCAGGGACGACCUCAUUGCCACGUGGAGAUUUUAUGAAACUAUCAUCUCUCUUCCCUGUUUCAGGAAGGAUCACUUGGAGGCCAUCGCGAGCCAAAAAAUGAGUUUACUAGAACGUGUACGCCUUCCCAAUGCACGGACAUCAGUGGGGACGGUGAAGAAGCUCACAGGCAAUGCCGACGCCAUCGAGGAAAGUCCGUCGAAGGAGCCCAAACCAGCUGGUUUCAGCAAUCGGGAACGCUUCCGCACUGCCUUUCGCAUGAAGGCCCACACACUCCGCCAGAGCUCCGAAGAUUCUGGAGCCCUGGCAGAACCUGCCUUAGAGGAGCGGGGAUUCCCACCAGACAUCCUCAUGGAAGAGAUGAUCCCCACGCUGAAACUGGUCAUCAGGGCAGUCAGGAUCAUGCAAUUCCUCUUAAACAAGAAGCGUUUUAAGGAGACUCUGAGGCCUUAUGAUGUCAAAGAUGUGAUAGAGCAGUACUCUGCUGGACACCUGGACAUGCUCUGUAGAAUAAAAUACCUCCAGACAAGGAUCGACAUGAUACUCGCCCCUGGAGCCCCACUCACCCCCAAACAGAAGAAAAAUCCGAAACCGCCGUUUACCUACCCAUCCAGUCAGUCGCCCAGGCAUGAGACCUACCUAGCCAAAGCAGCCUCCAUGCCAGAUGCGGAAGAUCAAAGCAUGAUGGGUAGAUUUGUCAGAGUGGAAAGACAGGUGGAGGACAUGGAGAAGAAGUUGGACUUCCUGGUGGAUAUGCACAUCCAGCACACUGAGCACCUACAGGUGGACUCUAAUGGCGCAGCUCGAAUGACCCUGGAGACCUGUGACCCUACGGGGAACGGUGAGAUCCGUCGGGUUUUCUUGAACUACUCUGAGGCAUUCCCGCACAUGUCGUACCAGAUGCCUGUCAGCAAGCUGAAUCCAUAUCACGGCAGAGGAAGAGGCAGUGCGGAUGGAACAGGAUUUGCUGGUGGAAGCAAUGAUCCUUCAGACCAUCAACCGCCAACGUCACACCUCCACCAACGCCACCCUCCAGCUGCCAUUCCCACCUACACCGAGCGUCCCACAGUGCUGCCCAUCAGUUCCCUGCAUGACUUGUCAGUGGGGCCAGGCAGGACCACAGGGGGGCGGGGGGCUGACUCGCCACUCUCCAUGCUAUCGGUGAACCACGAGGAACUGGAGCGCUCGCCAAGCGGGUUCAGUAUCUCUGGGGAACGGGAGGGGGAGGAAGGGGAAGACUUGUCAAUGGGGGCUAGGCCAGGUACUGGUGACACCAGCUGGACAAGACCCAGACCGAGCUACCUAGCGGAAGGGGAGACAGACACGGACACAGACCCAUUUACGCCCAGUGGAGGGCCCCUGCCUCUUUCCUCCACAGGGGAGGGAUUUGGUGACGCUGUGUGGACCACGCCGCCGUGA